ACUUAAAUAUUCCUCAUUCCUCCGUGCGCUCGUCGGUCAUCGUCGACAGGAUAGCGUUUCAGGGUAGGACUGCUAACAGACGAAAGCCCCUCACAAUGAAGGGAUUUGGCAUCUUCAACGCGUUGCUCAGUGCAAGCAUUAUCUGCCACUCUCUGGCAGCGAUCUUGCACAGGGACGUUGAAGUUGAAAACGGUUACUGCCUAUGGGAGAACCUCCGCAUAUCGAACGGCACCAGUGUGCGCAGUGAAUCCCCUUGUGUCGCUUUCUACUGCAUGGCAGACAAACGCAGCGUCAUCGAGUACAUUUGCGUUGCUUACGGAUCUGAAGAAAUUCUACCGUGCAGAAAUCCAGUUCCAGCUGCAGGAUCAUUCCCUGACUGCUGCAGCCUUGCUUGCAAGGACCAGUCCUAAGAGAAUGCGUACGCUCGACUAACUUCCGCAUACACAAAAUAAAUUCCAUCCACCUAAA